CUGGCUGACACAUUCCAGCAAGGACUUUCUUCGCUUCCCUAUCUGCUCAAUUCAAUUCAAACCGCUUUUCACAAACCUAGUUUCUCUCUCAUGGCCGCUUAGACCAGACUUCAAACCCCCUGAAAAACCCAGAAAACACCCUAUUCUUCAACUUCCCCUUGAAAUAAUGGGCGAAAAUAACAAAAAGAAGAAGAAGAGAGGAGGUGCUAAACGAAGAAUGACUGCUGAACAAACCUUGGCCUUGAAAUCUGUAAAUGAAUGGGUGUGUUUGGCGCAACAAUCUGGUAAUAAUAAUGGUGAUGAAGAUAUGGGAAAAGGGGAUGAUUUUCUACCAGAAACGAUGCGUAGAGCUCAAGUCUGUGAGAAAGUUGUGUUUGAUUUGCAUUCUCAUUCUAUUUGUAGUGAUGGCUAUUUAUCCCCUUCUGCUCUUGUUGAGAAAGCUCAUCAAAAUGGGGUGAAAGUUCUUGCUCUGACUGAUCAUGAUACAAUGUCUGGUAUCCCUGAGGCCUUGGAAGCUGCCUGUAGAUUUGGUAUCAAGAUUAUUCCAGGUGUUGAGAUCAGUACUGUUUUCUCUACAAGAGAUUCUGAAUUUGAAGAACCAGUUCACAUCCUUGCGUAUUAUAGCAGCUGUGGACCAGAAAGAUUUGACGAGUUUGAUCAAUUUUUGACCAACAUAAGGGAUGGACGUUAUGUUCGUGCGAAAAAUAUGCUCUCAAAACUUAAUCAACUCAAAAAACCUGUGAAGUGGGAACAUGUCAUUAAAAUUGCAGGCAAUGGAGUUGCUCCUGGGAGACUGCAUGUAGCUCGUGCUUUGUUGGAAGCUGGCCAUGUUGAGGAUCUUAAACAAGCAUUUGACCGAUAUCUUUAUGACGGAGGACCUGCUUAUUCUAAGGGAAGUGAGCCUGCUUCUGAAGAAGCUGUACAAAUGAUAUGUAAAACUGGGGGAAUAGCUGUUUUGGCACAUCCAUGGGCAUUCAAAAAUGCACUUCCAGUAGUCAGCAGAUUAAAACAGGCAGGUCUGCAUGGAAUAGAAGUUUAUAGAAGUGAUGGUAAACUUUCAGUGUACAAUGACCUUGCCGAUGCUUAUGGCCUUUUAAAGAUGGGAGGUUCAGAUUAUCACGGAAGAGGUGGACGUUUUGAAUCUUCUCUUGGAAGUGUUAGCCUUCCUGUGUUGGCUGCCCAUGAUUUUCUGAAGAUAGCUCGACCAAUUUGGCGUGAUGCCAUAAGAAAUAUUUUGGAGCAAUAUAUUGAAGACCCUUCUGAGCUAAAUCUUAAUCAUAUCACCAGAUUUGGAAUUAAAAGGAUUUCUACCAGUAAUCGUGCCAAAGAUGUAAUUAACAAUUACUUGCGCCUGUGGCUGACUAGAGAAGAGGUGCAGCAUGCAGAUUUUGAAGCCACCAUGUUAAAGCUUUGUGAUAUUGCAGUAAACUGAGAAGUCACGUUAUCCUUUGUUUUUACUUCAUUUUAAUUAUAGGGCAUCUUUAGUUAGAGAUUAAUGCACAUUGUAGUUUGCACUAUUGCUCUUCCCAGCUACAGCUUUGAAUUUCAGUUAUUUUUCUGCGGUCUUAUGCAUAAGCUAGUCUCAUAGGAGAUGUACUCCCAUCAACUGAUUACGGAGUAUCAUUCUCGUGUUUUUGUGGUGCAAAUGAGCAUUGAUUCAUUGUAUUGUGAACGCACAGUUAAUAUAAUGGUCUGUGGCUCUUUCCUUUCA